AGACUGGGCUUAUGGCUAACCGAAAGGGGGUUUGGGGAAGAGGACUGGAGAGGAAUGGGACAACAGUGGGCCCUGAAUGCCACUGCCAACCUUGAGCCCUGGAAUUAGGGAAGAGGCUACACAGCUGACUCCUGGUGACCUUUUCCCUACAUUCAGCUAUUUUUAGCACUGAUGCAACCAUGCUCACGUGAGACCCUCCCUUUCCCCAGUCCCAGACCUUCCAGCAACCUUCAGCAAGCUUGUGGGAAAACUCUACCCACCCUCCCUAGGCGCUCCCCCAAAAGGAGGGUGUCCUGGUUCCCGCCCAUAUCUGUUUUCUCCACCCCAAUUUGGGAGUGGGUAUCAAGUUCCCAGUGAGGACAGGGCGGGGCCGGGCAGGGGUGGCCAGGCCUGAAGGACGUGGGGACAUGGGCCAGAGAGGCCAGACCCAUACACCGACAGAAGCAAACCUGAGCUGUGCUGACUAAACCCCAGGAUGGCGGAAGCACACCAGGCAGUAGCUUUCCAGUUCACUGUGACCCCAGACGGGGUCGACUUCCGGCUUAGUCGGGAGGCUCUGAGACACAUCUACCUGUCUGGAAUCAACUCCUGGAAGAAACGCCUUAUUCGAAUCAAGAAUGGUAUCCUUAGGGGUGUGUACCCUGGCAGCCCUACCAGCUGGCUGGUUGUUGUCAUGGCAACAGUUGGUUCCAACUACUGCAAAGUGGACAUCUCCAUGGGGCUGGUCCAUUGCAUCCAGAGAUGCCUCCCGACAAGGUAUGGCUCCUACGGGACCCCACAGACCGAGACACUUCUCAGUAUGGUCAUCUUCUCCACCGGAGUCUGGGCGACAGGCAUUUUUUUAUUCCGACAAACCCUGAAGCUGCUGCUUUCCUAUCAUGGGUGGAUGUUCGAGAUGCACAGCAAGACCAGCCAUGCCACCAAGAUCUGGGCUAUCUGUGUUCGUCUCCUGUCCAGCCGGCGGCCCAUGCUCUAUAGCUUCCAAACAUCACUGCCCAAGCUUCCUGUCCCCAGUGUGCCAGCCACAAUUCACCGGUACUUGGAUUCUGUGCGGCCCUUGCUGGAUGACGAAGCCUAUUUCCGCAUGGAGUCGUUGGCCAAAGAAUUCCAGGACAAGAUUGCCCCCAGACUGCAGAAAUACCUGGUGCUGAAGUCAUGGUGGGCAACCAACUAUGUAAGUGACUGGUGGGAAGAGUACGUCUACCUCCGAGGCAGGAGCCCCAUCAUGGUGAACAGCAACUAUUACGCCAUGGAUUUUGUGCUUAUUAAGAACACGAGCCAACAAGCAGCACGUUUGGGAAACACCGUUCACGCCAUGAUCAUGUAUCGCCGCAAACUGGACCGAGAAGAGAUCAAGCCGGUAAUGGCACUGGGUAUGGUACCCAUGUGCUCCUACCAGAUGGAGAGGAUGUUCAACACUACACGCAUCCCAGGCAAAGAGACAGACUUGCUACAGCACCUCUCAGAGAGCAGGCACGUGGCUGUCUACCACAAAGGUCGCUUCUUCAAGGUUUGGCUCUAUGAGGGCUCGUGCCUGCUCAAGCCCCGAGACCUCGAGAUGCAGUUCCAGAGAAUCCUCGAUGACACCUCCCCGCCUCAGCCUGGAGAGGAAAAGCUGGCAGCCCUCACCGCAGGAGGAAGGGUAGAGUGGGCAGAAGCACGUCAGAAGUUCUUUAGCUCUGGCAAGAACAAGAUGUCCCUGGAUACCAUCGAACGUGCUGCUUUCUUUGUGGCCCUGGACGAAGACUCUCACUGUUACAACCCUGAUGACGAGGCCAGUCUCAGCCUCUACGGCAAAUCCCUGCUGCACGGCAACUGCUAUAACAGGUGGUUCGACAAAUCUUUCACUCUCAUCUCCUGCAAGAAUGGCCAGCUGGGCCUCAACACAGAACACUCAUGGGCAGAUGCUCCCAUCAUCGGUCACCUCUGGGAGUUCGUCCUGGCCACUGAUACCUUUCACCUGGGCUACACGGAGACAGGACACUGUGUGGGUGAACCCAACACCAAGUUGCCGCCGCCUCAGCGGAUGCAGUGGGACAUUCCCGAGCAGUGCCAGACAGCCAUCGAGAAUUCGUACCAAGUAGCCAAGGCCCUGGCUGAUGAUGUGGAGUUAUACUGCUUCCAGUUCUUACCCUUCGGCAAAGGCCUGAUCAAGAAGUGUCGGACCAGCCCUGAUGCCUUUGUGCAGAUUGCCCUGCAGCUGGCUCAUUUCCGGGACAAAGGCAAGUUCUGCCUGACCUAUGAGGCCUCCAUGACAAGAAUGUUCCGAGAGGGGCGGACAGAGACUGUGCGUUCCUGUACUAGCGAGUCCACGGCCUUUGUGCGGGCCAUGAUGACGGGGUCCCAUAAGAAACAAGACCUCCAAGACCUCUUCCGGAAAGCCUCCGAAAAACACCAAAACAUGUACCGCCUAGCCAUGACAGGGGCUGGGAUCGACAGGCACCUCUUCUGCCUCUACAUCGUCUCCAAGUACUUAGGGGUUAGAUCUCCUUUCCUGGACGAGGUGCUUUCGGAACCCUGGAGCCUCUCCACCAGCCAGAUCCCCCAGUUCCAGAUCUGCAUGUUUGACCCAAAGCAGUACCCCAAUCAUCUGGGUGCUGGAGGUGGCUUUGGUCCUGUGGCCGACCACGGAUACGGGGUUUCCUACAUGAUCGCAGGCGAAAACACAAUGUUCUUCCAUGUUUCCAGCAAGUUAUCGAGUUCAGAAACGUUCCCACAGAACGCCCUGCGCUUCGGGAACCACAUCCGUCAAGCACUGCUGGAUAUCGCCGACCUUUUCAAAAUUUCCAAGACUGACAGCUGAGACCAGGAGACACACCAGCUGCCCUUUGGUCCCCACCUGGUGGAGGAAGAGGUCUGUGGCCAGUUCACAGGCAUAAGGGGUGGCAUGCACACGUGCCCAGUUCUGAGACCAGCUCCAGCGGCAGGGGCUCCCCAGGCAGACACUGCUCCUCCAGGGCCCGGUCGGAGGUGGGAUUGGAGUGGUGAGGGAACUUUGAUCUUUUUUUUUCCCCCGGUCUUGGUAGAUGCUAAUAAAAAUAAGGCUGUAUAAUUCUCUCUCAGCCCUUAGGUGCCUAUGUUUGGUUAGAGAACUAGAAGGCCUUUCCCCUGCCCCUGCUCAGGUUAGGGUGGUGGCGACUGAAGGGCCGGGUGAAUGUUCAUAAUGGCUUUUUACCUGCUUUGAAAUGUGUGCUUUUCCUGAAUAAUGCGGACUUCGAGAGUGCUGUCCAACCUCUCAUGUGCACUUGGAAUAAAUUCUUACUUUAGAACCUU